AUAAUUGAUGUAUGUGUUGAACGGAUCCUCCAUACGAUAAACAACUAAAAUUUGAUGUGCCUACAAUUCUGAAACGGCGAUUGUCCUACGACUAUAAUAUGAUAAACGUUUUUAACAAGCAAUUAAAGUUUCCAUCCAAAUUCACUGUUAUGCAUCUCAUUGAUGGUUAUAUCGGUUCCAAACAAAAAUCAACAAUAUUUGUUAGGGAAAGAGCUUUGUGUGUUGGAUCGACUUUUAUUCAAUAUUUUAAUUCACGAAUACAGACGCUGCUAUAUGCGAAAGAACGUAAUAAUGAAGUGCACAAUAAAGCUGUUGCUCUGUUAUCAGAAAAAAUAAGACUUGACAGUUUACAAUUCAAAUAUAAAAACAUUUAUUCGGAAGACUUGUGGUGUACAGUUUAUGGACCCAUUUAUUUACUAAGGCUAUGUGUUAAUUUGAAAAAAUUUCUAAGACCAAAGUUUGUGACCGAAGACAACCAGCUCUCUUCCAUUGCUGAUAGCAUAAAUGAUUUUUUCAAGUACCUAGAACAGCAACAUUCCAAAUAUUUUGCCAACGAUGACUACGAACCUGCAACUGAUACGAGCGAGACAGAAGUAUCGUUAACAUAAUCUAUUUUUCACAUCACUAAAAAUUCAUCCUCUCAAUUCUUAGUUUUCUUCCUAUUUUGAUAUAAACUAAAUUAUUUGAGCAGUGAAGUAUAAUUUUAUGUAUUUUAUAAUGUGUUCAGAAUUUAUAUUUGAAUUUUUUUCUACGUCAUCCAUCGCACAUUCAACUUUUUUCCUCUUUUUAUUUUUUGACUUAUCAAUUUUUUUUU